CGGUAGUAACGAUAGCUAGGUUAGCUUAGCUGUCGACUUCUCCAAGACACGUAAACAAAACAGUUUGCUGUCUAUUAGUGUCGAAACUAUUGUUAUUUUCUUCAACCAGACAGCACCGGAGAUCACAAUCUUACCCGUGUGAGCCCCUGAAGAUGAUUGAUCCCUCUUUAAGUUCUUUGGGUGCAAAAGUUGUCGUCGCUUCAUCCAGCGAUGAGAAUCACCCACCAGAAAACAUCAUUGACGGAAACACUAACACAUUUUGGAUGUCCACCGGGAUGUUUCCUCAAGAGUUCAUCAUUCGUUUUGCUGAACCCACGAACAUUUCUGCUGUGACAGUGGACAGCUAUAAUGUCAAAUACCUAAAGAUAGAAAAGAACACCUCACAAAAUGCUUCCCAGUUUGAGUCUGCCACGGAGAAAGAAUUUCAACAUACGGAGGGGCACCUUCAGUCAAAUGCUAUUUCGCUAAAUGGAAGCAGUGCAACUCACCUUCGUUUCAUCAUCACCUCAGGAUAUGAUCACUUUGUCUCAGUGCACAGAGUCAGUGUACAGAAUGGACACACUUAAUUGUUGUAAAUUAAAGCCUUGUUAUGUAUAUGUUGUACAUAAAUGGAUUUAUGGCAUUUUUUAACAACUAUAAAUAGGUAGAUCCUUUUAUAUGCUCAGUCUGU